UGCACUGCGCUUCGAAUUUCAUUUUCAUUGUCCGAGGAAGAAAACGUGUUAGUUUACCUUUUUGGCAGGGAUUAGUUACCCAUACCAAUACGAUUGUUGGUAGACGCAAGCUGUCGGUAUAAAGUUAACUGAAGCUCGAAUCAUGGGUAUUAAUGCCAACUUGUGGGUUUUUAGUUUCCUGUACGUGUCCGCAUAUGUCGCACUGCCAUUAACGCCACCUUGGAGGAGGCUCGACGAGAAGACAUGCAUCGGGAAGGAGAAGUCGUUUAAAAAUGCCGCUGUGGCCACGGACAACCCACUCUGCUCAAGUGUAGGAAGCUAUUUUCUUGAGAAGGGUGGAAGCGUCGUCGAUGCUACAGUAGCAGUGUUUGCCUGUCAGUCAGUCGUCGACUGUCAUCUCACCGGCCUCGGGGGAGGUGGGCGGAUGCUCAUCUAUAAAAGAGAUAUUGGCAAGGUGUUAGCUGCUGAGGCAAGUUCUAAAGUCUAUAGUCGGCUUCCGAGCGACCUCUUUGAAAAGGCAGACAAUGCGGAGGUGGAUAACAAGAAGAAAGGUGGUGCAUUUGUGGCAAUCCCGGGAAGCACAGCCGGCAUAUGGGAAGCUCAUCAAAAGUUCGGAGUCUUACCAUGGAAAGAUUUAUUUGGGCCUGCCAUAGAGAUAGCAGAGAACGGCUUUCCAAUGGGUGCCUUCAUGCACGCUGCAGUCACAGAGAGGCCCUACCCUCAAGUGCUGUCUGAUGAGACAUUAAGGUCAGUGUUCGUCGACCCCAAGACAGGAGAUGUAAGGAAGGAAGGAAGUAUCAUCAGGCUGCCACUAUUAGCCAAGACGUUAAAAAGACUUGCGGUGGACGGUGGGACAAGUUUCUACAAUGGAAGCCUGGCACGUGAUAUUGUAGCGGAUGUGAACGAGAAGGGCGGCUUCUUUGAAUUAGACGAUUUGAGUAAUUACAGAGUCAAAUGGACGGAGCCUUUGAAGAUAACUUUUAACGGAACCUUUCGCAAUCUGACAUUAUAUAACGUCCCUGGUCUCAGUGGUGGCAUCUAUCUUCAGUCGCAGUUGCUCCUUUUAGAUGGAUAUAAUGUUACAAAGAAAGAUGGGUUGACCAUUGAGGGUCAAGCAACUGUCCGCCAUAGGCAAAUGCAGGCGGCACGGACCAGUUUCUGUUUCAUGAGCCAAAUGCGAGCGCAGGAUGAUGAUAGAACACUUCAGGUCAUGGAGUACAUGCGCGAUCCGGCAUUCAUGGCGACCAUUCGAAAUGAAAUGAGGGAUGACUCUAAAUUACCAUACCCUGGUAUUUGCGACCAGCCAGAGUUCCACCCACCGUCCUUUAACGGCACAUCUCAUAUUUCCAUUGUUGCUCCCAAUGGCGAUGCUGUGGCAUUUACUUCAAGUAUCCAUAACUACCUUGGUUCAACAGUCAUGGGAAGGAGGACUGGAAUUACAUUUAAUGACGCCAUUAAUGACUUUACGGACCCGAUGGAAUACCAGCAGUUGGGGUUGGUACCUGUUAGUAACAGAUUGGAAGCAAACGCAACCGCCGCGGGCAUGCAAGCGCCCAGUAUAUUCACAGAUCAAGAUGGCAACAUUAAACUCGUCACCGGAGCUUCAGGCGGCGGCAAAAUUCCUUCAACCAUUGCAACGAUAGCAAAGGAUGUCCUGAUAUUUGACAAGACAGUGAAAGACGCAACCGAUUCACCGAGACUUUACCUCCACAGGUUUGCAGGAAUAGAUCAGUUCGCUGAUUGCUAUCCAAAGGCGAUUCUCAAAGAGCUUCGAAAGAAAGGCAACUUGCUAACUGCCUUUGACGAAGGAAUCAGAGAAUCGUGCGCGCAGUCAAUUGUCAUGAAGGACGGGCGCCUCUCCCCGUAUUCUGACCCGCGGAGGCAAGGCUGUACCGAUGGAUAUUAACAGAUCAAAGGCUGAAUAGGACCACUUCUCAGGAAGAAAAUUCUCAUUUAUAAAUUGUUGUGAGAGUAUUGUGUUUGAAGAUAUUACAAUCGAGGCAUAGAACCUGAAUCAUCUUGAGAAAAUCGCCAUACAGAAUAAGCGGGAAUAUUCUAAAAAAAAGGAAUAAGACAGGACAAUUACAGACAGUCACGAUUGGGAUUAUCGCAAUUCAUUUCGAGCUUCACUGACCUACGGAUAGAUAGUAAAGUGGAUAUUUUCAAAAGGUCUCCCAAGGAAGUGGCUUCGAUCGUUCUCAGACCCAACAUUAUUCAUUAUCGUCAAUUCCAAGAGGCGACUAUGGUUGUUCAUGCCACUAUAUUUACAAUCUGUAUUAAAAACUACUGGUAUGAGCCUUGGACAUCAUAGACCUUGCAAAUUUAUUUGAUUUUAUUCAAAAAGCUAGUUCUCUCUUUUACUUUCUUUUCCUCAUUGUUUUACAUGGCAUGCCAAAGCCAAAUUUACUCAGGACAGAGUUUUUACAUCAGGACUGUAUCUUACGCCAGAAUCACGCUUCAAAUUUCGAAACUGUACAAAAAAAUCUCUCAGGACAAAAAUUUUACAACAACAGGUAACCGAUUUCUAACCGUAUAAUUAUUUUCCUUCAGAAUAAUUCAUUUUCC